CUGCCGUACCAAAAACGUUUUCUUGAUCGUUUUAUUUUUGAUUUUGUUGUUUUCUGUUGUUUAUGUUAUGUUUUCUGUUAUUGGUCGUUUUGUCGUUUUCGCUUCAUCACCGCUUGGCACAUUUCUGUUUUAGGCGAUGAUGCAGCGAUCAAGAUUUUGCAAGAAGGAAUCAUAUCGGAAUUAUCGCGAAGUCCGGAAGCGAUAAAGGUGAAGGAGAAAAGUAACAACGAGAACAAGGACAACGUUUUUGCCUAUGAUUCGUAUGUUGCGAUGGGCGACAGUGACUACAAGAACAACGAACUGGUCCACGAUGAUUUCGAGAUCGCCAUGAAGGAAGAACCUGUCGCGCGUGCUCCGCCGCCUCUCGCCACUCGCAUCUUCCCUGUUCAAGCAGCAGGACAGGAGUCGGAACAGCAGCGCCAGGUGGUAAAACAACGCGUUGCAUUGUCGGCCUCGCAGAUCGUGCAGUCAAGACCUCGUGCAGUGUCCAGCUCGAAUCGGCCGUUCACGUUGUUGUCGUCAUCGUCACCGCUGUCGUCACUUUCGUCGUCGCGUUUGCAUUCGAAUUCGUCUUCGGCGUCGGUGAUCGCCAAACGAGAGGGCGAGGAGGAGUUUCCGACAUUCGUUCGACCCGCGGUGUUGCCGCAGCUACGGCAGAGGACAAGCAUUUCCGCCGCCGCCGGUUCCGUUGCCGUUGACGCACCCUCGGCCACGGCCGACAGUAGCAACGCGUGGUCGAAAAUGUCUUCCGAGGAUCUGGGCAACACGAUCUUCAUCGCAGAUUAUCCCGAAUACGGCGUUACGGGUCCUGUCAAACAGCGAUAUUCACCGGAACUUGCUGCGAUGGAUGCAAAACUUGCUUCUUCGGCACAGCUAUAUCAUUACCAACAUACCAAGCUACAGAUCAUUGCGAUGGAACAAGGCCUGAAAGUGCGGAUCAACGACACCUUGACAAACGUUGAAAGGCUCCUACUGGAUCAGACGAUGGGCCAGAAAUCGAAGAAGCUUGUCUCGAUGGAUAGGUACUUCUUGAAAUGCGAAGAGUACCAAGUCAACCAUCUACGCGCCUUGCAGGCCGUAGGAAAGGACUCGGAUACGGACCAGCUGUCUGUUGCCGAGAUCCUUUUGUUCAUGUUCAAGCAGCCAUGCAUGCUGCUGAUGCCUGGCCGCAAACGAUGGGAGAACAAAGGUGUAUUUUGA